AUGAUUGACACAGGCACUAUUGCUGAAAUUAUGAAUUUUCGAAAAUUGAGAACACCGGCUCGUUCUCAUAUUCGUCCUCCUAUUAUUCGUGUUAGUACGCCAAAAAUUCAAGCAUUUUUACCUCCUACAUCGUUGUCUUCUCAGUCUGAACAUCAACAACAACUUCAACAAUCACCGUUAUUUGAUCAAGAUGAAAAUGAUAUUACGUUGUGUAAACUUUAUUCGAAUUUAUUGUUACUUGGCAUGGAAUAUAAUCAAGAAUAUUAUCAAAAGCAUUGGGCAUACAUUGGCAACUUAAGACAAUUCUCUAUCGAUAAUUUAUUGCAAUCUCAAGAAUUAGUUCGAUUAGUCACACAUUUUCUGAUUGUGAGUUAUGAAUUAUCACUAACUCGAGCUCAGACAGGUGAGAAGUCGUAUGUGAGUGAUUAUUUACGUGGAAUUCCCUAUUAUUUUCCACCAAUUGGUGAAAAAUUAACUGAAUAUAAUCGUCUUGUCAAAAAUAAAUUUCAACAAAUUUCAACACUGAAUUGUGGUUAUCCUUGGCCAAAAAUUAUUCCUGAUCCAUCGUGUGUUCAUCGAUUUUAUUUAUGUUUAUUUUAUUUAUCACAAUUAUGUUUAAUUAAACGUUUGCCAAAAAAUUCACAGAUCCGUUUUAAAGAAAUGAAUUGCUUACCAGCGAGUAAUCAGUCUAUUAAUGUUGGAAAUAAUGAAAAAAAUGGUUCAAUAACAAAAGAUCGUUUACAGCGUGUCAGUCAUUUGAUUAAAUGUGAUACGUCAAGAAAUUAUCAAAUGUUUUAUAAAAAAAUAGCCGAUGAUUAUGAAAAACGAAACAAAUUUUUUCAAUUGAAAGAGCAAUUAGAACAAGAAUUAGAAAAAUUAAUUUAUCAAUAUGAACGAGCAAACUUAUACUCACAACAAUUUACCCAACAGCAACAACAAGGUUCAUUGAUCGAAAAAGUAUCUAAUUCUUCAUCAACAAGUCCAUUAUAUUCAAAUUUUACUGAAUUAUUUUCAUCGACAAACAUUUCACCAUUUAUCACAACAUUUGAAAUAUGUCAAGCAGCCAUAGUGUGUUUACGAGAACGUUUUCAUACAUAUGAAGAAAAUGGUAAAAAUUCAAAAUUAUGUGCUCAGAUCAUUGAACAAAUUAGUUUAACUGUAAAACAAAUUGAAAAUAUACAAAAUUUACUCACACAUUUUGAACAACAAAAGCAGCAUUUAUGUUCAAUCGUACCAACAAUAGAUGAGAAUAUAACAACAAAUUAUGUUAAUGACAUCGUGGAAAAUGGUGAUACUAUAGGAUAUUCACAAAUAAACACAUCGCUAAUAACCGAUCAUGACUUAAACCAGUGUGGGCAUGAAGGGCGCAUUCAAUUAGCGAAUCAGUUGUAUCAACGUCCGUUGAAUGUGGUUCGCAAUCCAUCGUCAACAUUCUCAUUUCUGAACGAUUCGUCAUCGUUGACAUGUAUUGAAAGUGUUACAACAACAAUACAAGGUGCGCCUAGAACCUAUGAAGAAGAAACUAUGUCUUCCACGUCAUCUGACUUAUCAUUUCGUCAAUUAGAAGCACUUUUAUUGGGUCCAAAUCGAACAAAAACAACGAUAAAUGACGAUAGUUUUAUUCGAUUAGAAAAUCAAUUGAAUAAUGAAGAAGAAAAUGUUGAUGAUGAAAUUGAUCAACACUUAACAAUUAGUCCGCAAUCGUUGUCAAAUGACGCAUUAACUACUAGUACAACAUUAAAUAAUUCAUCUUCUGUUGAAAAUGAUAUGAGUUUGUCAAGAUCAUCGGAAGAAAUUAUCAUCGUAUCAGUACAAGAUCAAUAUAACAACGAAAAAGAAAAUAUUUUUACGCCACCAGAAAACAUCGUACAAAUUCCCAUUGAAAUCAAGGCAUCAAAACUUAUUUCACCAAUUUUAUCAUCACCAUUACGAGCUCGACCAGAAUUACCAAAAUUAUUAACACAAAUUGAAAGUAUUGAUCCAUAUUAA